UACAAAACAAAAUCGAAGACUCAAGAGUCUCAAAGCAAAGGGCAUAAAGCUAUCACACACCACAGAUUCACAUGUAUAAAUAUACAAAACCCCAAAGGACUUGUUCAACUUCUCUUCUCAACUUUUAGACUUUUCUUCCAACAUAUUUACACAACUAGUGAAGAAAAACAAAGACAUGGGGUUUGUGCUUUGUCGGAAAACGAUGACCAGAGUGAUGUUGCUGCUCAUCGUAACAAUGACUUGGUUCGUGGCCGGAGACGCAGGAGGCACGAAGCCAGAGGAACGACUGUUCAAUAUUGAGAAGCUAGAGAUGUUCGUGGAUAAGCUUCCUCAUAUUCCCACUCUUCAUGGCUUCCACAUCGUCAAUGGCGUUCUCAAACCCAAAUCUCUUCAAAUCGGCAUGUUCUUCAAGAAAUGGAAAUUCCACAGAGAUUUGCCUGCCACGCCAGUGUUCGCAUACGGUGUAUCGAAGCACAAGGCAACAGUCCCCGGACCUACAAUCGAAGCCGUUUAUGGCGUCUCCACCUACGUGACGUGGCGAAAUCACCUCCCUUCAUCUCACAUCCUCCCUUGGGACCCAACAAUCUCCCCCGCCAUCGCCAAACGUGGCGGCAUUCCCACGGUGGUUCACUUACACGGCGGAAUCCACGAACCUUCCAGCGACGGUAACGCUGAUUCCUGGUUCACCGCCGGUUUUAAAGAAACCGGAACCAAAUGGACUAAACCGACGUACCAUUACGUCAACAAGCAACAGCCUGGUAACAUGUGGUACCACGACCACGCUGCCGGGUUGACCAGAGUCAACCUUCUCGCAGGUUUGUUAGGUGCUUACAUUCUCCGACACAGCUCUGUCGAAACGCCUCUGAACUUACCCACUGGUCGCGAGUUUGACCGGCCGUUGAUCGUGUUUGACCGGAGUUUCCGCAAAGACGGUUCGAUUUACAUGAACGCGACCGGGAACAACCCGACGAUUCAUCCGCAGUGGCAGCCGGAGUAUUUCGGCGACGCGAUCGUCGUGAACGGGAAAGCUUGGCCGAGACUAACCGUCCGCCGCCGCAAGUACCGGUUCAGAAUCAUAAACGCUAGUAACGCUAGAUUCUUCCGGUUCUUCUUCUCCAACGGUCUCGAUUUCAUCGUCAUCGGUUCGGACUCGGCUUAUCUAGCUAAACCGGUUUCGACCAAAUCGGUUCUCCUCGCUCCGUCUGAAAUCGUGGACGUCGUCGUUGACUUCUCAAAGUCAACGUCGAAGACGGCGAUACUAGCCAACAACGCACCUUAUCCUUACCCAUCGGGAGACCCCGUGACAGACGAGAACAGCAAAGUCAUGAAGUUCACAAUCAAGCACAAAUCAGAAACUGACACGUCAUCCAUGCCGACAAAGCUGGUCCAAUACCCGCACGCUGACGUGUCAAAAUCGGUCCGAACGCGUUACAUAGCUAUGUUCGAGUACGUGUCGAGCGCUGACGAGCCGACACAUCUAUACAUCAACGGCUUGCCUUAUAACGCUCCUGUAACGGAAACUCCAAAAAUCGGCACGAGCGAGGUGUGGGAAGUGAUUAAUCUGACGGAAGAUAACCAUCCGUUACACAUUCACUUGGGACUGUUCAAAGUACUGGAGCAAACGGCGUUAGUGGAGACUGAGAAGUUCACGGACUGCAUGACGGAGAAAAACGACGCCGUGAAGUGCCAGAUCAGCAAGUACGCACGUGGGAAUAAGACGGCGGUGACGGCACACGAGCGGGGAUGGAAAAACGUGUUCAAGAUGAUGCCGGGACAUGUAACGAAGAUCCUCGUUAGGUUCUCUUACGUUCACUCCAACGAGUCUUAUUACUCCUUCGACGCCACUCAAGAGCCAGGCUACGUCUACCAUUGCCAUAUAUUGGAUCACGAAGACAAUAUGAUGAUGAGACCUUUUGAGAUGGUCAAGUGAUAAGAUUUUUCAGGAAGAUGGAUGGGGAUACAUACGGUUAUGUAAUUCUACAGAAAACAACGUAGAAUUAUGGAAUGUGAUAUGUGUAGUAAGGGAGGUUUUACUCCACAAAGAAAGAUAUAAAUGACUGCAUAUCCGAGAUAAAUCUCAAAAACAUUGUUUUUGUGUGGAACUUAUGUUUUGGUGGUGAUAUAAUAACAAUAUUAAUCAAAAA